GGGCGUAGGACUCGCAACCUUCGGGAGCGCGUCACUCGGUGGGGCUGCGGUGCUCCCUGGAGUCCUAACGUCCCUUUUCGUGUAGCCCAUCUCCGCUGCAGCCGCGGUGGCAUCAUGGCUGUGUUCAUCGUCGCUCUCCUGUCCUUGCUGGUGACGGGUGCUUUAGGGAAUGAAUUUAGCAUAUUAAGAUCGCCAGGGUCUGUUGUUUUUCGAAAUGGAAAUUGGCCCAUACCAGGAGAUCGAAUCCCAGAUGUGGCUGCACUGUCCAUGGGCUUCUCUGUGAAAGAAGACCUGUCUUGGCCAGGGCUUGCAGUGGGUAACCUAUUCCACCGGCCACGGGCUACCAUUAUGGUGAUGGUGAAGGGAGUGGACAAACUGGCUCUCCCUGCGGGCAGUGUCAUCUCCUAUCCUUUGGAGAAUGCAGUUCCUUUCAGUCUUGACAGUGUUGCGAAUUCCAUUCACUCCUUAUUUUCUGAAGAAACUCCUGUAGUUUUGCAGUUGGCGCCCAGUGAGGAAAGAGUAUAUAUGGUGGGGAAAGCAAACUCCGUUUUUGAAGAUCUUUCAGUCACAUUACGGCAACUACGUAAUCGUCUGUUUCAAGAAAACUCCGUUCUCAACUCUCUUCCCCUCAAUUCUCUGAGUAGGAAUAAUGAAGCUGACCUGCUCUUCCUUUCUGAACUGCAAGUGCUACAUGAUAUUUCAAGCUUGUUGUCUCGUCAUAAGCAUCUAGCCAAGGAUCAUUCUCCUGACUUGUAUUCAUUGGAGCUGGCAGGAUUAGAUGAACUUGGGAAGCGCUAUGGGGAAGACUCUGAACAAUUCAAGGAUGCUUCUAGAAUUCUUGUGGAUGCUCUCCAAAAGUUUGCAGAUGACAUGUACAGUCUCUAUGGUGGGAACGCAGUGGUAGAGUUAGUGACUGUCAAAUCAUUUGACACAUCCCUUGUGAGGAAGUCAAGGACCAUCCUUGAGGCAAAACAAGAAAUCACCCCAACUCCCUAUAACCUUGCAUAUAAGUAUAAUUUGGAGUAUUCCGUGGUUUUCAACUUGGUACUGUGGAUUAUGAUCGGCUUGGCCUUGGCUGUGAUCAUCACCUCUUACAACAUUUGGAAUAUGGAUCCUGGAUAUGAUAGCAUCAUUUACAGGAUGACAAACCAGAAGAUUCGGAUGGAUUGAGUUUUCCUUAUGCCACACUUAGACAACAGGUUUUGGGAAUUGGCUGUUCUGUUAAAGUAUAUCUUUUAGUAUGGUUUAAAGUAGAUGGUAUACCUUAAAUUUAUUUUAAAGAAAACAUAGAUUUUGUUCUCUAUUUUGUGUGUGCCUGUUGUUUCCUUAGAGUGGUUUAUAGUGUUAACACAAAUGAAUUGUGAUGUAGAUUCCAUAGAUGUUCAAAUAUUGUUGCUAUAGCCAUGGAAUAACGUAAUUUCAUUCCAUUUAAUACAUUAGGAAUAUGCACUGAAGGAAAUGUAAACCACUUAGAGUUUCCAUGUGUUUCCAUGUUGGAGAAUGCACUGGGUUUCCUAGAAGCUUUCAAAUGCUUGAGUUCCUUGCACAGGGCAGAUAAAUCCUAGUUCAGCUGUUAUUCACUAUGAACUAUUUGUAAAUGUCUUAAUCUGAUGUAAAUAUCUCCGAGACAGGAGGGAAGGUUUUAACUAAGCGUAGCCCAAAAAUACUGGAUGUGCUUCUACAAUAGCUUAGUUUUGGAAAUGUGUGUGUGAUUGGCAGGCUAGCUGUUUUUAAUCUCUUCUGCAAGUUUGGUGAUCUGUGUGGUUUAGUAGAGAUAUUAAAAAUAUUAAAAAUACUGUGUUAAUUUCAGAAGAGAAUGGCUUUAUGGAGUGUAGAUGCUUGUAUUUAGAUAGACAAAAACAUCUGUGGGGAAUAUCUUGAAGCAUGAAUAUAAAAUAUUUUUAUUUCCAUAACUUUUCCCCCUGUGAAGUUCCUCUGAUUUGUGUGUGGUGCAGCUUUGUUGUAUAGAAUAUUACGUGAAGUGGAUGAUUGCUACUGUUCAUGUGGAAAUGGACCAAUAUCUAUAUAGAGUGACAAAUAAACUUAAUGAUUCAAAAUCUG